GUGAAUGUGCAGUCUCUUCCUCUCCCUCUUUUCAUUCGUUUCUCUCAGUAUCUCACUUCUCUCAUCAUUUCGAUCAUCAGAUUUUCUGUAAGCAGAGAGAAGAAAAGGUAAACAAAGAUCAAGACUGAAGAUGUCUAGAUGAGAGGGAUGUAAAAUCAGACACUGUAGUGGAACAAGAAGUAAAACUUAAAACGCUGGACUGUGGAGAGAAAGAAGAACAAGGAAAAAGGUAGAGAAGGGAUUUAGGUAAUGCAUAAGAGGAAAGAGAAGAAACGAGAGAAGACAAGACAUUAUUAUAGCUAACAGAAGGGACAAGAGAGAGAGACAAACAAGAAGAGGAUCUAAAGACAUUUGGAGGUACUUGGGGAAACUUAGUUGUCCAGGAUGGAUAAAGUGGAACGUGUAAUGAAGAUGGUCAAGAGGAUGUCACCCAGAAAGAAGAGGAGAGAAGGAGGAAGAGGAGGACCGGGGGAGCUGGAGAGUCCCGACACGCUGUGUGAUGAACUGUGUCGAUUCAACCUCUGCAUCUCUGAUGAGGGGCCAUAUGGAAAAACAAAGGACAUCUCUGGACCAGAACACACCAUGACUUUGAGAAGGCACAGUAUACCAGAAGCUCUACGGGGGGUGACCAUGGUGGAACUGGUGAAAAAAGAAGGCAGCACACUUGGACUAACCAUUUCAGGAGGAACGGACAAGGAUGGGAAACCACGGGUAUCAAAUCUACGGCCAGGUGGGCUGGCAGCCAGGAGUGACCAGCUUAAUGUCGGGGAUUACAUCAAAUCUGUGAACGGCAUCAAUCUGACCAAACUGAGGCAUGAAGAAAUUAUUAGUUUAUUAAAGAACGUUGGAGAGAGAGUCCUGUUAGAGGUGGAGUAUGAGCUGCCCCCUACAGCACCUGACAGCACCUCAGGGGUAAUAUCGAAGACAAUCGACAUCUGUUUGCACAAAGAGGGAAGCAGCUUUGGUUUUGUCAUGAGAGGUGGAACCCAUGAAGACUGGCACAAGUCACGGCCCUUAGUGGUCACCUACGUCAGACCUGGAGGUCCUGCAGACAGAGAAGGAACGCUGCGUCCGGGUGACCGCCUCUUAAGUGUGGACGGCGUUCCUUUACACAGCGCCAGCCACAACGACGCCCACAGCGUGUUGGCUCAGUGCGGCCAAGAAGCCCUGUUCCAGAUAGAGUACGACGUCACAAUAAUGGACACUGUGGCAAAUGCUUCUGGUCCGCUAUUGGUGGAGAUUGCAAAGUCGCCAGGGGCAACGCUGGGCAUCACACUGACGUCGGCCAAUCAUCGGAACAAGCAGGUCAUCGUUAUUGACCGGGUUAAACCUGGCAGCGUGGUGGACAGAUGUGGAGCGCUGCAUCCAGGGGAUCACCUCCUGUCCAUAGACGGGACGCAAACAGAACACUGUACAGUGUUGGAGGCAACGCAGUUGUUAGCAAGCACAACGGAACUGGUCAAGUUAGAAAUCCUUCCUUCACAUCAAACCAGGCUAGCAGGGAAGCAGCAUGACACAGUGAAGGUCCAGAAAUCAGAUCAUCCCCACACCUGGGACCCGUGUAUAAACUACUGUCAUCCUCAAAACUCGACCCUCUGCAACACAAGUUCCACCCUCAACAAGUCCUGGACCGCGUCCAACAACAACACAAUCAACAGCCUGGACUACUGCAAGUCUCUUGUAUGUGCCAGUUUCUCCACCAGCUCUACCACCACAUCAGGCCCCAGCAGCCAGAGCUCAAACACGCUGCCCAGGCCUGCAGUUCCCAUGAGUCCUCGCAACUCGCUGCUUAAACGACGGCAGAGGAAGAAAGAGCACAAAAGUUCCUUGUCCCUGGCAUCAAGUUCGGUUGGUCCUGGCGGUCAGGUGGUCCAUGUAGAGACCAGUGAGGUCGUCUUAACAGGUGAUCCUCUCAACGGCUUUGGAGUGCAGCUGCAGGGAGGAAUAUUUGCAACUGAAACUCUCUCUGCACCUCCACUCAUUCGAUUCAUCGAGCCGGACAGCUCAGCCGAGAGGUGUGGCCUGCUGCAGGUUGGAGAUCGUCUUUUGUCAAUCAACGGAAUCCCCACAGAAGACGGAACACUCGAGGAAGCCAAUCAACUUCUCCGAGACGCUGCAUUGACCAAUAAGGUCGCGCUGGAAAUCGAGUUUGAUGUAGCAGAGUCAGUGGUGCCUAGCAGUGGUACGUUCCAUGUCAAGUUACCAAAGAAAAGAGGAGUGGAGCUGGGGCUCACCAUCAGUGCCAGCAAGAAGCCUGGAGAGCCGCUCAUCAUUUCUGACAUCAAGAAAGGCAGCAUGGCUCACAGAACUGGGACUCUGGAGCCUGGCGACAAGCUUUUGGCGAUUGACAACAUCAGGCUGGAGAAUUGUUCCAAGGAAGACGCAGAGCAUAUUCUCCAACAGUGUGAGGAGCUGGUCAAAUUAAAGAUACGCAAAGAUGAGGACAACUCAGAUGAGCAGGAGACGUCAGGCAGCAUCAUCUACACUGUGGAGCUGAAGCGCUAUGGAGGCCCUCUGGGUAUAACCAUCUCAGGCACAGAGGAGCCUUUUGACCCCAUCACUAUAUCCGGCCUGACCAAGCGAGGCCUUGCAGAGAGGACGGGCGCUAUUCAUGUGGGUGACCGGAUAUUGGCCAUCAACAGCGUCAGUCUGAAAGGGAAGCCGCUGAGCGAAGCCAUCCAUCUGCUUCAGAUGGCCGGAGAGACGGUGACCCUCAAAAUUAAAAAACAGCUGGACAAUUUAGAGGAGAGGAAAGCAGCAGACGCUGAGGACGCGACAGAGAAUGAGGUCAGUGACCCAGAGGAGGAUGAUUUGACAGACAGCCAACAGACCAAUAAGCUGUCAGAACUUUACUCCACAACGAUACCGAGUGUGGACUCGGCCAUGGAGUCCUGGGACGGUUCUGGACUGGACGCAGGAUACGGCAGCCAAGGUACAUACGCACAACAAGGAGCGGGCAUCGCCCUCCAUCCACAUGAGUGGCGUAGCUCCAAACAGCAACGUAGCACAACGCCACCUCCUGGAAGAAGGAAGAACUACCCGUUUAGUGAUGGAGGCUUCAGUGAGGAUGAGUGGGACAAACCACCAGGAUUUAUUGGCCAACCACCAGAUGGUAUUCUGCUGGAUCCAGAUGACAGUUUUUGGUGUCAGGCUCUAGAAGACCUGGAGACUUGUGGUCAGUCUGAACUUCUCCGAGAGAUCGAGGCUUCCAUCAUGACAGGAACAGCUAUCAGUCUGGGAGUAGAAGGUGCCAACAAACCUCCAGCUGAGCCCAUCCUGAGCCACAGGAUGAGCCCACUGCGAAGAAACUCUCUCCUUCUUCAAGCAAACCUGCUUCACCAGAAUGCACACCUGCACCAGGGGGUCCAUUUACACGAGGACGUCCAUCUGCAUGAUGAGGCCCACAUCCACCAAGACUCCCACUUGCAUGAUGAGGCCCAUUUUAACCACGAGGCCCACCUGCACCAUGGAGCCCACAUCCACCAAGAGAAUCAGUCCCCCCUUCUGCACCAUGAUCCGAAGCUCAAGGCUUCAUUAAGAGUAUCAGAGAGAACGUGGGAGUCUCGUCGGAUCAAAGAGGAAAUGCAGGGAAUUUUGUCCCCAACGCCUCUGGAGCUGCACAAAGUAACGGUGAUAAAGGACCCAGAGAGCGAUGACUUUGGGUUUAGCGUGUCUGACGGCUUCCUGGAGAAAGGUGUUUAUGUCAACAUGAUCAGGCCCGAUGGGCCGGCCGACAGAGCUGGACUCAAACCCUUCGACAGGAUCCUGCAGGUCAACCAUGUCAGAACGAGAGACUUUGAUUGCUGCUUAGCGGUGCCGCUCAUCACAGAGGCUGGAGACAGACUGGAGCUGGUCAUCAGCAGAAACCCUCUGGCCGGCGACACUCCAGAAGACAACAACAACACUUUAGACCAUCCAUUAAGUCUGUAACCAACAAUGCAAACAAACACACAAUCUCUUUAAUUGCCCAUUAACACUACAAGUCAUAAAUUGUGAACAUAUUUACUGUGACUGGCCUGGGAAUAAACACAGGUUAGCAAUAAUUCUAAAUAUACAGAGACUGAAAACACUGAAAUACAAACAAAAACUCCCUGCAUGCAUACAUUCCAUUUACAGAGUCGUACUGCUGUUAUACAGUAUAUUCUUUAUAGAAAAAUAUAAAAGCAUCAAAUAAAAAUGUGACGACAAUAUAAAAAAAUCACCACAACACCAAAAUUUCAUUAAAAGUGUAAAUUUCAGAAAUUCUGAUUCUUUUUAUUUUGUUGUUUUAAAGUGAAUGAAAAUCAACUAAAUGGGUCAGGUGGUGUUUUUUUCUGUUUUUGCAAAAAUGCAUGAGUCAUGUUUUAGAUUUUAUAUAAUUUGGAGAAGGAAAACGUAAAGUGGUCUUUUUAAGGAGCAUAUUAAGACUGAACAUAGAAGACAAUAGAUAUAAUUUAUCUUUAGCAAAUGGCUCAUCCAGAUGUUAUCAUGUGAGACGUUUAUAAUGUGCUUAAACACAGUUUCCCUCCUUUGGCUGAGGAACAGUCAAUAAAAGCUUCUUUUGGCUCUUUUAUGGACAAACUUCUCACUUUUAUUCCAUUGCAUAUAAUGAAUCACUAAACAAAUCAAUAAAAAUCUGAAAUACUUCAAAUUAGAACAAUAAUGACAUUACAACUGCCAUUAUUUUCAUAACUAUUAAAAAUCUAAAAGUAUUGAAAAUGCUCUUUAAUAAGUUAUUUUAAAUGGAAGUUAUUUUCUCAGUACUGCAAAUAAAUAGGUGUCCAAGAAAAAAAAAACUUGUCAGUAUCAACAAAUGAGCACUUAAGAGCAUUUUUAUAAUAUUGUGGACCUCUUUCCAUUUUCAUGCCUAACGCUGAGAAAGUGAAACCAUCGAAACUCUGUGAAAUCAACCUUUUCUUAACCAAAAGGUCAAAGGUUCUUGAGUUUAAGUCAGAAUAAACUACAUAUUUUCUCUAAACAUUUUAAAAUGUCAUCCCAAAAUUGCAGUGAAAUAAAUGUCAUUGUGUUUUAUGUUACUCUAGCUGGACUCUGUUGGAUGUGAUGCCAUUAGCAGCUCUGGGUCAUGACCUCUGCAGAGAAACAUUAGCCACUGGGAAUGCUUUUUACACAAAACUCAUGUUACGUUUUUAGGUUUUUAAUUAAAAAACAGCAUGAAUUUAAUUUUAAAAAUUCAUCAUUUAUAACCUUCUAAAUAAUGACUGGACAAAUCUUUAGUGAUAUUACACAAAUCAAACUUUUCUUAUAAAUGCGGAGCUGCUUUUUGUUUGUCUUAACUUGAUGAUUUCUCAAGCUGAGAUACGCAAAAAUGAUUUUGUCAGCUUCCUGCCAACAACUGGAUUCACAGUGAUUUGCAUGAAUGUGAGAAAUGGAAAAUAAUUUGUACAUUAGAAGAUAUAGAUAUGAAGAAACAGGUGGUAACAUUUCAUAAAAUGAGGAUUAUUUUAAAGCUUAGGCAAAAAUGCUAUUUAAACCAGAUUCCAAGGCAGAAGAGGAAAUAAGAAAACCUCAUUCUUAGCUGUAGUUUCCAUUUGAUGAACAUUUGUAUUCACUGUUCCAAUGCAAGUUAAAGCUGAAAUAUGUUUUUAAAAUUCCCAGUUUUUAUGUUGAUAUUGGCUGUCUGUGAAAUUUUCCAUGACUAAUGUGGUGUUUUGCACAGCUGUGCAUGCAGCUGCAAUGCUGUGAAAGAUUAUUUAAUGCCUUUCAGAUUGUAAUAUCCAAGAAAAAACUGUUUUCAAAUGAUGAUUUUAUUUAUUAUGGGAAAAAACUACCCAAACCAACUUGGCUCUUUGUGAAGAAGUAAUUCCACCAUAAACCUGAUGAACAACAGCAACAGCUGUCAUUAAUUGUUUGGGACAAAUAGCAAAGACUUUUAAGUUCCUACAGAUGAUUUUUUACCCACUCUUCUUUGCAUAGUUGUUUUAACUCAACUGCACAAGAGGCCUUUCCAGCAUGAAUAGCCUGUUUAAGGCUCAUCAUCUCAGUUGGAUCGUUGCUUAACCCCAGUGAGCUUCAGUCUAAGGUCACAGAUAUUCCCUUCCAGGAUUUUAGAGAACAUUAAUGAUUGUCUUUCACGGUUCCAGUAAUGACAAGUUCUCCUGCUACUGAAGAAGCACAGAAGCCCCAUGAAUCACAGAACAACGGCCAUGUUUUUCAUAAUCCUAAGUGUGUAUUGAUAGUUUUUUCCCCUUAAUACAUGCAAUAAUUAUUUGAAACCUUCUUUUUGUAAAUUCUCAGGCUAUUUUUGGCUGAUUCUAAACCAUCUAAGUUUCACAAAACCAAAAAAAGAAGCAAUCUGUAUGGGGAUGAAUACAUUAUCACUGUAUAACUCAGCAGUAAGCGGCAUCAGGGUGUGAGAAAGACACAACAUAUGAAACAUGAAAGAUGAAUACCAGAACAUUUGCAUUUGUGCGAGAGAACAGAAUAGGCUUUGUCCAGCCAAGAACUGGAAAUGUUUGACAGGAACAAUUACAUCCUCUGUUCCUUUUCUCUGUCUGUCUCACUCUUUCCUCUUGCUGUUAUGUAACACAGCACGGCUCCAGCUGCUCCCCUGGAGUAAAACCACGUGUGUAAGGAAGGUGGGGUGUAUGUCCUGCAGAAGUGAUACUUUUUCUGAGAGUAAAUGUAGAGAUGUGGUGUGUUUCCAGUUUUUAUAAUUUUUCUUUUUUACAGAAUGGACAUCACACAAAUAGAUGUUGUUCAUCUUACUGUUCAGCUGUGAUGUUUUUCAGGACUCAGAGAAAUUCACUUUCUCCUCUGAAACUCACAUCAGACUCAAAACAGCAAAAACUCAACGCACAUAAGAAAAAUCUCUGCCAACUCUCCUCAAUUAAAAGCACACAGUUAAAUUUCAUACUCUGUAUUUUUUAUGGAAAACUGAACAAACAUGUCUGAGUGCAUUUUAUACUGUGAAGUGGCCAAAAAAGAUCUUUAAAAGGUGGAAAUAAAAAAAUCUGUAAAACAAGGUGAAAUAUGAGAAUGCAAGUAAAGCCUCCCAAAAGGGUUUGCUAGUUCUUGAAAUAUAUAUAAAUAUAUGUAUACAAGUAUGUAUGUAAGUAGUGUAUGUGUGUGUGAUCAUUCAUGCUCCAUUUGCGUUUCCGGGUUAGUUUAAAGCCCAAUCCAGAACCGUGGGUUUCAUGUCAAAAACCAAGUUAACGAUUCUUUUUCUGUCAUCAUGUUUAUUUCCACUUUUAGAGUUGAUUCAUGAGUAUUAAAGUACAAAAAUAAAGUUGUUAGUUUAUAUUAAUUAGCUUAAAUUUACUGUGUCUUUGGCGGAAUUCAUAUAGUUUUAACUUUCCUUGGGAAAAUUAAAGGAAAUCUGUACUUUCUUGUAUCUGUUUCCUUCUGAACCCAGAGGACAAGUUCUUAUAUAACCUGACAUUAUGAUAUCAUAAGCUGCACUAGGGUGUUCAUCUCAGUCUUCCUGUGCCUUUCUAAUGCAGUAUUCUAUAUUUUUAUGGCUUAUCUCAGCAUGAAAUCUAAAAUGGAUGUAGCCUCCUCCAGUAAUGUGCAGAUUCAAAUUCCUUGGCCACUGAGAGCCAGGUCAUGGCUACCAGAUAUUUUCCAGUUGUCUCCUGCUUUCUUUUUUUUUAAGUCAUUUUAUCUUUAGACUUUUUUUUCUUUUAUCAGCUCCUCCUUUCAUUAUGCUAGAAAUUUUCCCUGAAGUUGUGUGUCUGUUGCUCACAUGACUUUUUGUCGAGUGCGUAACAACAACCUGCUUGUCUGGUGAUACUGAGUGUUUUCCACAUUAACAGUGUGAGGUUGGGCAAAGUUCAGUAAAUCUGAACAAAACAGAUAGAUAUGGUGGGCUAAUUAUUAAACUUCAUGACUGGAUGUGUGAAAAUUGGGUUAUUGCUAAUCAUUGUUUUGUUUUGCUAACCAAUGCUAAUAUUGGGGGUUUAACAUUUAUUCUGCUUGAGAAGAUAAGGAAAAUUGAGCACUUUGAAAAGUAAAUAAUGUGUUUUUUGCCAUUAGAAUAAAUGUAUUCAAAAAUUGGAAUCACUCGGCUCUGUAAUGGUAUCUUUAGGAAAGCAUUUGCUCUUGCUAACUGCUAUUCCUGUAGCAAAGUUUCAGUAGUCCUUUGUUUUGAGGUCAUCUAAUAGCUGUUCAUUGCCAAGAAUCUAAAAAUAAUUUUGGUAUCAUAACACCCAGUCAGCUGCUCCGUGGCUGUUUUUUCAGCUCAACUAAAAGAUCAUCAUAUUGACUGGAUGGAAAUAUAUUUUAGAAACCAGCAAAAUAUUCAUAUGUCCAGCCUGCAGCAAACACUGUACAAUAAAAACACAAAAAUCUGGAAUUCCAUCCAGUUUUAACUGUGUAUUAUAUCAUCGUUCACAAUCUAGGUUACCAUCUUUCCCCAUGUUGACGUUCUUGGUAGCUACCUUCUUUUUAAAAUUGAAUGCUAAAAAAAAGAAAAUUGUAAUUGUUUUCUGCUUGUAAUAUUCUGACAUGUUUACCUGACAAUCCUUGAUACGAUUCUGGAUUGGGCCGUUAAUGGUACUAUUGAUAUUGUGUUAUUUUCUUUGUUUUUAAUUAUGUAAAGUUCUAUGUAAAAUACUAUUUUUCUAUAAUACUAUUACUCUUCAAAAACAUGAAAAGAAAAUUCUGAAGAAAAAAAACAAGAUGAAAAACAAAAUGUAACUUUGUUUUUGGUCAUUUUUAUUUUUUCAUUUUGCUCAUUUUCUAUGAAACCAAGAGUGUACUGCUAUACUUCUUUUUGAGAAGAAAACCAA